AUGGCCUUCCAUCGCCUCCUUACCGCUGAAACCUGCCCUUGUGCUCCUGCUUCUCCUCGCCUUGACCGCCGCUUCAGCCCUUCUUUGAUCUUGGACUCGGAUGGCCUGCGCCCGACCGGCAUUUUUGACUUGCCCUUGCCUAACAGAGACGCCCGUGUUUCGCGCUAUGCCUGUAAGGAUGGCAUAGCUUACCGCUUCGAGGACGACCUUUUCCGCGAUUCGGUCUCUCUCGACUCAUCCCGGCGCAGACCCAUGUGCGAUCGAGCGGCAAGGUAUUGUACAGAAGCGUAUUCCCGGAGUCUUCGUCCCGAAAGGAGCUUCACGUUGCGAACGAGGCAGACGUCGCCGGCUGUUUCCUGUCCUAUUGUGGCAAGUGACGCUGAGAUGUUCCUUCGGAAUACUUCGCUCGCAUUGCGCAUCUUGUCUGAUUCGACGGGCAAUACGCCGAUGGAAUAG